UACCCCGGUGACGGGCCGCGCUUCCGGCGGGCGGCGGAUGCCGGCGGGGGGUUGACAGGCGGGGCGGGCCGGGCCGGGUGGCGGCCGGCGGCGGUAGCGGCAGCAGUCUCCAGUCCUCAUUCUAGACGCUGAAGAACUGCGCUAUUUGGGGGCCAUGGCUACAGACCCACUCUCGGAGCUUCAGGAUGACCUGAACUUGGAUGACACCAACCAGUCCCUCAGCCAGCUCAAACUGGCCUCCAUAGAUGAUAAGAGCUGGCCAGCAGACGAAGCCCCUGCUUUUCCCAAAACAGAGGACUCCAAAGGCUCCCCUGAGCCCAUCACUCACCUGCAGUGGGAUGAUCCCUACUAUGAUAUCGCCAGGCACCACAUUGUGGAAGUAGCAGACCAGGGUGCACUUGAUGGGGCCCAACCAGGUGAUGACAAAUACGGAAGAAAAGUAAUUUUGUUCAGUGCCUGCCGGAUGCCCCCAAGUCAUCAACUUGAUCACGUGAAACUGCUGGGGUACCUGAAAUUCACACUGGACCAGUAUGUGGAGAGUGAUUACACACUGGUGUACCUGCACCAUGGCCUGACCAGUGAGAACAAGCCAUCCCUGAGCUGGCUGCGGGAUGCCUACAGGGAAUUUGAUCGCAAGUACAAGAAGAACAUCAAAGCCUUGUAUAUUGUGCACCCAACCAUGUUCAUCAAGACCCUGCUGAUUCUUUUCAAGCCUCUGAUCAGCUUUAAGUUUGGACGAAAGAUUUUUUAUGUGAACUUCCUUAGUGAGCUGGAGGAGUACGUGAAGCUGGAACAGCUGGGGAUCCCAAGCCAAGUGCUGAAAUACGAUGAAUAUCUGAGAUCCCUGCAGAAACCUUCACAGGUGCCCCAGAAGCCAACACCCCCGCGCCCACCGCUGCCAAACCAGCAGUUUGGAGUCUCGCUCCAGCAUCUCAGGGAGAAGAGCCCCGAUCAGUCUCCUGUUCCUCUGGUGGUCAGAGACACCAUUGCUCAUUUGCAGGAGCACGCUCUUACUACAGAGGGGAUUUUCCGGAGAUCGGCAAAUACACAGGUUGUCAGGGAGGUCCAGCAAAAAUACAACAUGGGUGUGCCUGUAGAUUUCCAGCAGUAUGAAGACGUCCACCUCCCUGCUGUGAUUCUCAAGACCUUCUUGAGGGAGCUACCUGAGCCCCUCCUCACUUUUGGCCUCUACAGCCAUGUUGUCAACUUCCAGAAUGUGGAGGAGGUAAAUCGUGUGGAUGUUGUUCGCAAAACACUCCAGACUCUGCCAGAAGAAAACUACCAAGUGCUCCAUUUACUGACAGCCUUUCUGGUGCAGGUCUCUGCUCACAGUGACAGAAACAAGAUGACAAACACCAACCUGGCAGUUGUGUUUGGCCCAAAUCUGCUGUGGGCCAAAGAUGUAGCCAUCACCCUGAAAGCCAUCAACCCCAUCAACACCUUUACCAAGUUCCUGCUGGACCACCAGAAGGAGCUCUUUGAGAAUGUGGAGGCCUGAAUCCAGGCCAGGCCACACCAGCACACUGUGCCCACCUUCCCACCUUCUUUCCCACCUUGUCUUGGAGCUGUGACCAAGCUGUCUCCAGUGCAAAGGGACCAUUGAUCCUCUGGGUGAUGAGCUGUGGGCUGUGGAGAUGGUGGAGAAAGUGUGUAAGUAAACAAGCCGGAGACCUGCUGCUCUGCAUGGGGCAGGGAGCUGGUCUCCCAGCUGCUGAGAGUGGAGUCCUAACCCACCUGCCAGUCUGUGCAGCUCCUCCGGGGCUCAUCACCAGUCUGCUGCCCUAUCAGAUGACCCGCCUUCCUUUCCUCCUUCCCUCACAUGCAGUUUUUAUGCCUCCUGGUCCCUUCCUUGGCAAAGAUCUUUUUUUGUUUAAGCUCCCAAUAGCCCCAGCUCACCCCCCCUUGCCUCAGCUGGGCUGUCUGGGCUAGGGCAGGCUUGCUGGGUUUUUUGUGGCAGAGAUGUUCUUGCUGCGAGUGCCGUCUCUCAGCACUUUCCGCAGAGGUGCCUGAAGCAGGGAAGGGAGCCAGGCAGCCCUUGUGCUUCAGGUAGCAGCAUGUCCUGCACUUGCAAACACCGCUCUAGACCCCGUGCUUUUGACAGGCAAGUGAAGGACAGGCUCACAGCACGUGGGCUGUAUUACCUGUCAGACUCCAAUAUAAGGAAGCUGAAUUUAGCCCAAACCCCUCCAGAUACUAUUCAGUGUUUGCUGGGGUGUAGUGGGUGAGAUGCCUCCCAUAGUUACCCAGCUCAGGUGUGUUUGUCCCUCCAGCAGCAUUUCCAGCCUGGCUGGAAGGCCCAUGCCAGAUCUGGCUGUGCAGAGGGGCUGGCUGGGGCCCUUUGGCAGCUGGUGAGUGUGAAUGGCAGGGAGCAAGUGCUCUGGUGGCACUGAACUGCUGGACACUAUGAGAAACACUGCCUUUUUCCUGUGGCAGGAGCACAAGGCCUCUUCUCCUCCAUCAGGCACGUGUAUCUGGGCUGACUGGCCCAGACCGCCUUGGCUAGUUGUCUUUUUGAGCAGAACUUUCCCCAGCACAGUGUAACAGAGAGCACGGGAAGGUCUAGGGACUGGGGCUAACCCUCACCCUGGAGUGCAGCAGGCCUGAACUAUGAAUUUCUGCCCAGGUGCUGAGCACUUAUGUGCCAAAGCUGUGAGGGAACAGCUAUUCCAUGCCAAGGGCCUUUGCCCCGUCUCCUCCUCGGUUCAUGCCUUCCCUUCCAUCCUACGUGGAAGCCUGGUCAGAUGCAUCCUGUAUGCCCUGGGCACAGCUGGAGAGAUGGGGUUGUCCGCAGGGCAGGCUCAGAGUGGGGUGGGCCUGUCACCUUCCCAAAGCAGCUGCAGUAUCGUUAGGGCAUCGCUGUUGGGUUUGGGCUGCAGCAUUCCUGUUACCUGAGCUAACUUAGCCUGGGCCCGGCGUGGUCUUCGUAGGGAGCUUCUAGCCUUACUUCACUGGUGUGUUAUAUCUUUCUAUCUUGUGCCCUGCGUGCCUGGGCCAGUCCUCCCUGCUGCAUCUGGCCACAGGGACAAAUCUUGUGGACCAAGUAGAACUAAUUUUUAAAAAGCUACUGGAUGCUAAAUAGAAUUUGCUUUCUCAUAAUAUUUUAGCCUGUCUUUAAACACUGAUGAAAGGUCGGUGCCCCAGUUGUAAUCAAAAUAAGUGACAUCUGCUGCAGGCAUUAUGGAAAUUCCUUUUUGCUAAGUUCUGGACUGGGGAUGGGUGUGAACGUAGGCAGCUCUGGGGCAGUGCAGGUCCAUCCAGCUGGCUCGGAGGAGGGACAUCAACACAUGGGUGGGAACAGUGAGCAAGAAACCGAGGAUUACUAAGGCUGGAGCAAGAGAUGUUCUAGGAGAGGGCUGUGUCUGAUCCCUUCUAGAUACUGAGGGACUUGACCCUGUGGAGGCUAAAGGCUGCUUAGUCUCCCUCUUCCAAGAGUAGGAGUCUUCCCUGUUUGGCCAGGAUAUGAACUGUUUCAGCAGUAACCAAAUACAUGUUUUGGAGGAAGAGAGAGCCUAAUUCGCCUGUGAUCUCUGCUAGAGGAAGUUGGCAGGGCUGAUGUGCUGUGGAGGAGUAAUCUGGGAUGGACAGUGUGGGGAGAGGUGUACUUGCCCCAGUGUUUAAGAGGCAAGGUUUCUGGGCAGCCUGGGAGCAGCCUGAAGGCUGAGGGAGCCCAGUGCAGCCUCUCUGUCCCUUCAGACACCCAGCUCUGUGUAGUUCUCAGUACAGGGGGAGACUUGGUGCUCUGACUAUAUCUGCAGCUGACACUGGCCUUGCUUACAUCCCCCUACAGGAAAGGUAAACCCAGCUAACUUCUCCUGGGACAAACAAGCCCAAGGUUGGCAACUCGGAACGGGAAGUGCCUGUGUGCCGGGGCAUGUAGCCUUGUCCCUAUGCACAGCUCCAGCUCCUCCUGCCCAGUAGUGAGAGGAGCAAUGCUGGGGGAAGCUUAGCUCCUCUCCAGCAGGAGAGCAGGGAUUGCUGCAAGUGUCCAUGUUCUAGCUGGAGUUUGUUUGGUGGGUGCUUUUUUUUCCUUUCUUUUUUAAAGUGAAUUCUUGAAAUAAAUUGUCCUUUUUUAGAAAAAAUGGAGCCUGGUGCAUCCCCUGCAGGCAGGGAUAAAAGCCUGCUCCAGUUCAGUGCCUGCAGGGAGCAGAUUUGGAGGGUGUUCAGGAAGCUGCUACUGCUCAUGGUGGGAAAGUGCGUAAAUCCUGGAAGGGACCCAGUGUAAAUAUCCCCUUUCCUCUGCUGCUCCUCAUGCUGGAGCUGCCGGGGGCCCUGGAGCAGGCACAGUAACCAGGGCUGCUUUUGCUUCUGCAGUCUGCUCUCCUGAAUGCCUUGUACUGAAAUAUCCCUCCUGUGACUUGAGCAAGGAACGGGCCUGGGCCUGCCCGAAGCCGGUGCUGGGUGGGUGGCCACCAAAGCCUGCGUUUGCCAAGCCCAGGGGGUUCAAUCCCCCCCUCGCCUGGUAGCCUCCUCACACAGGCAGGGCAGUUUCUCUGCCACGUGUAGGUGUGGGGCAGGAUCUGAUUAGGGUGCUGGUCUUUGUCAGUUUUCUUGCUGUAGAGUUGCCCAAGGGUCUUUUUCCUGGUUCAUCUUUCAGGUUAGCUAUUAGCCGUUUCUCCCUGUGGGGGUACUUGUUCCACUUCAACCCUCUGCUUCUUAGCACCUAGACCAUUUCCCUCUGCUAAGCCUCCUGCUGUCUUAAUGGCCUCUGUUCACUCCCGGCUCCCUGGCCCAAGCUGUGUGCCGACACCAGAGCUUUUGGGUGGUGCAGGGGGGCUGGGGCCAUCUGGAUGCCUUGUGGCAACGUUUGCUAAUUUGAGAGAGAGCUGAGGGCCAGUUUGGUCCCUGUUUCCUCUUUUAUGCAUGGGGGCUCCUGUGCAAAAUUUUUGGCUUUGCUUUUGUUGCUGGUGUUCCCUGCCUUCUUUUUUGUUGAUGUUCAUCAGGUGCAGGGCUGAGGUUUUCACUGUUCACAUUGUUUAUUUCCUUCUAAUCUGCACCAAUCUUGUAUUUCACAGUUUGCACUUUUUGUAUUUCAAUAAAAAUCAAAAUGUAAUCCCAGAUGCAGGUGUGUCUGUCAAGUGGCAGCAGCUGCGGCACAUCUACAAGAAACAGAAGUAAGGCUGGCUAUGCUGCCAACCACAACCAUGCAGAGAGGGAGGAAAGUGAGUAUGAAAUGGCUCCUAUGUGAGUAACUCUGGAAGAAAUACUAGUUUGCAGGAGCCUCAGGCUGGAAACAGAAUUAAAACAAAAAUGAAGUAUUGCAAGUUUGGCUCUUUCCUCAACGGGGCUGGGCUUCCAUGUUACCGUCUCCCUGUCAUGAUGAGCAGUCUGCCCGGGAUUGCCCUUUCCCAGAGGCGGACCCAGGCAGCUGCACAGGUUGUAGUAUCACCAGGUGCCAAGUGGGAGCCACCUGCAGGCUCUCCAGUUAGGAUUAGCUGGCUAAAUCUCCUGUGGCCAGGUGAGAAGUCCAGCAGAGGCCUGCACCUUCUCAUCUCAACACAUGGAUUGCUAACUCUUCGAUGUACAAUAGUCUUCUGGUUAGGACCACUAUGCUCCACCCCUUGAUCAACAUGCAGUUAACUGCCUUUUCCUGGAGA